AUGGAGGGUGGUGAAGGGGUGGACAUGUCGGUUUCCUGCGGAACUCCGGUGGGCUCUAGAUGGAACCCGACGAAGGAACAAAUAAGCAUGCUUGAGAGCUUGUAUAAGCAAGGCAUAAGAACGCCAAGCGCUGAGCAGAUACAACAGAUAACGAGCAGGCUCAAGGCGUACGGUCACAUAGAAGGGAAAAAUGUGUUCUAUUGGUUUCAAAACCACAAAGCAAGGCAAAGGCAGAAGCAGAAGCAAGAGAACGUGUCUUAUUUCAAUCGAUAUCUUCAUAAGGCUUCGCCUGCUUUUCCUCCUCCUUGCCCAAAUGUUGUUUGCGGCCCAUAUUAUAUACCACAGAGUGAUCUAGGGUUCUAUCCGCAGUACCCCAACCCCAAGUUACCUCUACCUGGUGGCAUCAGGAGGAGACCCAGGCCAGAGACCGUCGACAAGACUAAACAGUGUGGUGGCGGUACAGGUUACGAACCAGCAAACCAAGGAUUAAACAUCAUGAUGCGAACCGAUUAUAACGAGGAGUUCAUUAAAAACACAAACAAGUACUGUGGUCAAGAAACAUUGGAUCUAUUUCCACUGCACCCAACUGGGAUUUUACAAGAAAGAAGAACAGCAAGCUCUUCUCUUGCUUCCUCGUCUGCUGAGAAUUCCCCUAUUACUACUGCUUCAAGUAACCCAGAGACUACUUGCAUUAAUGAUCAAGAAGGUUCCUGUGACCAACGCUUCUUUGAGUUUUUUGGUGGAAUUGAUCCUUGUGAUAGUAAUUAA